GAAAUCCAGAGAGAAUGUGAUUGAAUUGAUUUCUGUUGUUAAUAGACCUUCAGCUCCUAAACCAACAGGAAAGGUGCGUUCUGCAGAAGCUGCUCUGCUCGUCCCCUCGCUCACUGUGAUUGCCUGCUCCAUAUUAAUGUGCAGCUCCUCGUGAGGAUGGGUUCAGGUCUGUUCCGUUCUGUGUUUUAAGUGAAAUUACUCGGUCUAAUCUGUGCGAGCUGUAGUGAGAGGAAUAAUGGAGGAAGGCAUUAGUUUUCCUAAACCCUCGGCCGGUGUUAAUCUCUCCCGUUUGAACGCCUCUGUUAAUUGGAAGCUAAUGGUCUGCCUCCCCCGUGGCCUGGGAGCUCUGAUUCUCUGAUGAAAUAUUUCAAUUAAAAUAUUCUCCAAGUCAUUUCCACGCCUGUUAGGAGCGAUGGGGAGGUCUCUGUUCCUGAUAAUGAGGAGGAGGAGAAAAGGUGUUGGCAAACUUCCCAACAUUUUUAUCAUUCUUUCUUUCCUUAAAUUAAAAAUAAGAAACAAACUCUAAAUUAUUGUUAAACUGAUCAAUUCAAAAAGUAUAAAUAUGAUUCAUAUUAAAGAAUAAUUAGCAAAUAAUCAAUAAAUAUGUAAAUACAAGUUGUGUUAAAAUAAUGAUUCAAUUAAAGAUAAUAUACAGAGGCAAUAGUAAUCAAAUCAAUAACAAUGAAAGCAGCUCGCUUAAGGUUUCCUUCAGUUUCUCAAACAGAAAAUCUUCAGAUAUUUGAGAUGAUUUUCUAACUCCUCCGCUUGUUGUUGAUAUGACCUAUUUCAGCUGCUUCGUGCUGAUGCGUCCUCACAGAAUCUGUGGAUGUUUUAAUCUGGUUUCUGUUGAUUUCCUGAUUUAAUUUAUCUUAUAAAUCCUUAAUCUGUCACGCUAAUAACGCAGAUUUGAAGUGUUGAGCUGUGAGAAGAGAUGGAGGUAAACGGAGCUAGAGACACAGAGGGAUCUGGUUCUGGUCCAUGUGCUGUGGUGCCACAUUUCAAAGGCUACACACUUUCAUAUUUACAGCAAAAUGCAAUUAAUUUUCAAUGGAAAAUGCAAUGUUUUCCUGUACAUGAAACCAGGUUGCUGCUGCAACAUUGGACGGGAAAUAAAAGUAUAUUUAGCAGAAAUAGAAGAAGGUGAUUUGAUGCUGUUCUGAUAUACCUUGUGUUUAAUGGAUAUCCAAGCAGAGGAACAAUGAGCAUCUUUUGGUAUGGAUGCACAGUCCAGAUGUCCUACAACGAGGAAAAAUGAAGUGUCUUGAAUCUUGUAAAGAAGAGCUCUGGUUCCACAUUUACAAACAAUGCAGUGAAGUCCAUUGAUAGAUAGGACCUCUCCUCUGAUCAGGUCCAUUUAAACCGUUGGGUUUGAUUAGUCGACAGCUACAGCCUGAUAGCGUUAGCCUGUCUUUAUGUGUUCCUCUUGCUCGUUCUGCUGCUGUUUCACAUUUUAGAUCGUAUUGGUGUCCUAAUUAUGUGUAGUUUGGACAGUUUGAAACCCCUUCACCGUACACAAUAACAGGGAACUGCUGUCUGAUCUUUCAUACCUUUUUGUUUUAGGUAUUUUACACUUUGAGAAUUAUUUGCACGUGUCUUUUUUCAUUAGUGUCUUGAGGCACCUGCAUGUUUAAUAUCUGUAUUACGGACACCUGCAUUAUCCUUUAUGUUUAUCUGCAGUUUUAUAAGUUUGAUAUCUCUCUACUGCACACAGCGUGCUCAUGCAAACACAGUGAGCUGCUUCAUGAAUGAAAUGCUUUUAAAGGAGUUUAACUACAGCAUGAAUGAAUGAGUGAAUGGAUCUCAAUGAGGCUUCAUGUAAUUCUAUGGGAGAUGCAUCUUUGUUGGUUCCUCUGGAUGCUGUUAUUAGCUCCCUCCCUCUCUCUCUCUCCCCCCACACACUCUCUCCCCCACUCUCUCUCUCUCUCUUCCCCACACUUCUCUCUCUCUCUCUCUCGGGUACUCAGCCAAGAGGCGCUGCGGCAAAAUGUCAUAUAUCCCGGGCAGCUCUCAGAGGACGGACUCUCCUUUGCUGUACCUGAACACAUCUGCUGCUGCAGGAAACACUUCCUCCUCUUCCUCCUCUUCCUAUCUCAGUUUCUGGAGCUUUCUUUGUUUUCUGAAACAGAAAUGCAGAGAAAAAGUCACCGAUGAAGUCAGUGGAAACUACACGCAGAGAGGAUUUCCUGCUGAAACAAGGAGCCAAACUGCACUUUAAACUGAAGACUGGAGAGUCAGCAGCUGCUGUUCCUCUCCUUCACAUCUCACUUUGAUUACUUCUUCUCUGAAAGUGCAGAUUGAGCCGCUCACACACGCGGUUUCAGCCUCUUCUCCUUCCUCUCCAGCAGCAGCGCGUCGCAGCCGUGCGUAAAAACCUCCAAACCUUCCCCCUGAUCCCCGGGACUCUCCCUCUCUCUCCUCCCCGGGCUGUUGAAGGCACCUUCAGGACUUCCCCCCCCACCCCCACCCCUGAAUGACUCUCUGAAGCCGAGUUUUCAUCCUGUCGUCCUUCCUCUCCUCUCCGUCCAGCCGCGCGUAAAAGCCUCCAAACCUUCCCCCUUAUCCCCGGGACUAGCCCUCUGUCUUCACCCACAGGACUUCCUCUCUCCCACCCCCCCCCCCUGUCUCCCUCCCCACUCCCUCCUCUGAAUGACUCUGUAAAGCCCGCAGCAGAGCACCAUGGAUGUGUUGAAGAGCCGCUUCCUGGGCAUCGGAGUGGCCGUUGCGCACGGCGUGUUCUCCGGCUCCCUGAACAUCCUGCUGAAGUUCCUCAUCAGUAACUACCACUUCAACUACCUGACGCUCAUCCAGCUGCUGACCAGCUCCACCGCCGCGCUCAGCCUGGAGCUGCUGCGCCGGCUGGGGAAGGUCAACGUGCCGCCGUUCAGCGUGCAGCUCUCCAAGGAGUUUGGCCCGGUGUGUAUCCUCUCCACGCUGCAGUCCACCCUGACUCUGUGGUCUCUGCGUGGCCUCAGCCUCCCGAUGUACGUCGUGUUUAAGCGCUGCCUGCCGCUCUUCACGCUCAGCAUCGGCGUGUGCGUGCUGAGGAACGGCGUGCCGUCCGUCGGCGUGGUCAUCGCCGUGAUCAUCACCACAGGGGGCGCUGCACUGGCCGGUGCGGGGGAUCUCACGGGCGACCCCUUCGGUUACGUCACCGGCGUGCUGGCGGUCAUCAUCCACGCCUCGUACCUGGUGGUGAUCCAGAAGACGAGUCUGGACAGCGAGUACGGUCCGCUCACAGCGCAGUACGCCAUCGCCAUCAUGGCCUCGCCGGUGCUGCUGGUGUGCUCCCUGGUCUCCCUGGACACCAUCAACAUGUGGUCGUACGAGGGCUGGAAGGACCCCCACAUCACCGUCAUCUUCUUCUUCUGCGUCUUCAUCGGCUGCGCCAUGAACUUCACCACGCUGCACUGCACCUACAUCAACUCCGCCGUCACCACCAGCUUCGUGGGCGUGGUCAAGAGCAUCGCCACCAUCACCGUGGGCAUGCUGGCGUUCAGCGACGUGGCGCCCACUCGGCUGUUCAUCGGCGGCGUGGCGGUCAACACCAUCGGCUCCAUCACCUACUGCGUGGUCAAAUACUUUGAGACGAAGAAGAAGAGCUUGUACGAGGACCUGGAGGAGGCGGGGAAGGACGGAGCGCUGCCUGGUGAGCCUCACCAAGAGAAACCGGCUCUGAACGGGGAUCCUGGAUCUAAUCCGGGACAAACGGAUGUGGAGGGAACGUUGAGCGGCGAGGGGAAGACGGAGGGAGUGCAGGAAGGCUUGGCUAACGGAGACGCGUGGACAGGAAACGGAGAAGCAGGAGCGAAUCCCCAUGUCAUGACGGAAACAGAAAUGCUGGAGAUGCAGCGGGAACACCUCCACAGGGAGAAGGCCUCCCCCGGCCCCGGUCAGUCGAUCAGUGACAGCUAUGUGGGGGUGUGGAGGUCCAUCAGACAUCUGCAGUUCAUGAAGAAGGACCCUUUGAUCGACAACAUGGAGCAGCAGAGUCCGUAGGGCUAGAAAAGAGACCUGGACAGACUGCUGCAAAAAACCAGAGAAGAACAAACUGUAUGUCCACCGGGACCGUCUCUCAUCAGCAGCGCCGGACAAAUGCCCGCCUGAAACAUGUAUGCUGCCAAACCUCGAUGGGCUUUUUGUGCUAAAAGUUCAAUUUCAUCACACAAGGCUUUGAGAGCAAAGAACCGAAUCAGAGUCAAUGUUUGUGUUUCUAAAGUAAAAAGAGGUUCCUGGUGGAGAAGAGUGGAUGAAGAGUUUUGCGAGAAGCUGCCUGUCAGAGAUACAUUCUGCGGGGACGAGGCUAACGCCGUGUAGCAUGAUUUGCGUCUCCUCGGAUUAGCCUGCUAGUCACUAAAAAAAAGCAGGUCUUGUUGUAAAAGUGCAAAAACAUCCAAUCAGGGAAGAGCAACCAAACAGCAGCAGACGCCUGAGAGUUAAUGUCUUAUUAUUUAAAUGCCUGGGGAACUCUUGUUCCCGCUCGAUUGGAAGAUGUGACAUCUGUAGAAGCAUGCGCUGGUCAGAAAAAAAUGCUAACGGCUCCGGGUGUUUGAGUCUGAAAAGGAGAUAUUCAUGUUUCUGCUGUGAGCUGUUUGGGAAAUGGACCAGAAAUAAGGUGUUCAAUGUAAGGUUCUGCUGUUACGUUAAAAAGGUAUUACAGCUUUUCUGUUUCUGUGCCAUUACCUAACAUGCACACUGGCACAGAACAUUAGCAGUGCAUUCUCCUUAUCAUGUUAGCUUAGCUUAGCAUAAAGACUGGAAGCAGGGAACAGCAGCUUGCAAGUCUCCGUCCAAUUAAAGUCAAAAACAAAAGCAUCCAACACAGGUAAGACUUUCCAAGAUCUCCAAUAUUGAUUCAUGUGGAACAAACCCUUUAAGUCACAGUUGAAGCGGUAGGCAGGGAGGCAUCUCAAGCAGGUUACAUUUAGGCAUCAGCAGUGUGUUCUUGCUGUGUUGCAAGAAUCAAAAGAGUAAUGGCUCCCAUUUGAAGAAAGACCACUAUAGUUUAAUGGAUAAUAAUAUGCGAGGACUGAGGCGAUCGUCUAAAAUGCAAAGUGGGGGUAGUUUGAAUCAGACAGGGUUAGAUUAAGUGUUUCUGUAGGUAUGGGUAUGUUUUGUUAACCUCAUCUGAAACUGGAGAACUACGAGAAAUAACGUCUGUACAUUUCUCUUUGCUAACUUCAGUUUCAUUGGACAGAAAGCCUUUAAUCUGGAAACACAAAUGGAAUACACUCUUUCCCUUCACAAACAGCAGCAUAUAUGGCUAACUAUUGUGCAGAUUAAGAGCGCCUCUGAUUGGUUAGUACUCGUUGUAUUUAUUGGUUGGGUUUGAAGCAUGAGAAGGUCGAUUGGUUCGGGUGAGGGUAAGAAAAUCAAGGGCAUUAAGGGUUUACUAUUUCAUGAAAAAACGUAAAGAAUUGAAUGAAAUUCACCCCAAAAAAAGCCUGACAUUUCCACCAAAGUUUUAAGAUGUUCAACAUGAAACAGAGAUUAAAAUAUUCGAAUGCGGCAACACUUUCUGGUCUUAUGCAAAACCUGUACAGUUUACAGCUGAGCAGGAGCCACAUGUUGCUGAAUUUAGUGAAGAUGUCGGGCAUUUGACAUAAAUUACUGCCUCUUCGUGAAGCCCAGCCUCUCCUCUCACAGUCAGAGGUUUCCGUUCUGUAUCCGCCCUUAACAUAUCUGUUUUAACUCCAAGCCAGAAAGAUGUAUCUCCUCUUCCUCAAACAUUAUCUCCGUCCACACAGAAAAAGCUACCGGCGUCUUCGACUGCGUGUGGAGAGAAAAAGCUGUCAGGCGGUGAUAUUGAUCGGUAUUGAUUUUUCUCCUCACACUCCCCAAACUUCAUUUAACGGUACAAAAGAUCUGAUGUCGCCCGGAGCUGCAGCAGACAGGGUGUGUGCAGCUGCCUCGUCCCUCUGUUGUCUGGACCAUCGACGGUUUACUUAAAAGAUACGUGAGGUUGUUGAAGCAUGACGUGAUUGCUUAUUGUUGCAGGUGUGUGUGUGUGUGUGGGUGAUUUUGAGUCAGUGGGUACCACCACGAUGAACCGUUGAUGUGUAAUGUUUCCCAGUAUGUCCAGGUUUUAUAAAAACGUAAAUGAAUAUAUUUGAAAUGUUUAUUUGUCCCUGACACACAAGUCUAAAGCCUGCUGAAACUAAAUGAAAGCACACGUUCAGAAGUGUUUUAGAGUUCCCUGCAGUUAUUAAUCCAUUUAUUCUGCUUAGUUUGGACCCACCUUUCUCAUCAUUUACAUUAAAGCCAGAUUCAUUUACAUCUUUCAGAACAAUUAUGCUUAAUUUUACACGUCAAAAACCUCCUAAUAAUUGCUAUUUGGCGAGAACCAAUUAUGAACAAAAUGGAGAUCAUUGAAUGAACCCUCCCAAUUAAGAAUUUGUAAUUCAUUGCUACCAUGAACUCCCCUUUUCUAGUUAUUUUAAUGAGUGCACAGCGGAUCGGCUUAGCAUGCAAACAUCUGUCUUAACAUGCUUACAGUUUCAAAUAAUCAGUGAAUAAUAGGGUCACACAACUUAUAUUUCCCCAAUAAUUUACAUAAUUAAUUUAAUUGGACAGUUCUUUUUGUGGAUUCUACGGAAAAAGCUCUUUGCAGUAAAAUGCAGAACUUGUAUUUCUUUUUCUGUCAUCUGUAAAAAAUAAUUGAAGAUUCUGAAGAUGGGUGCAAGCAGCCUGGGGUCAAGACACCCUGUGGAAGAAGCAGAAAGACAUGGCUCUGUUUGGGCAUGGAAAAAAGUAAAUGCUUUUCUCUGAUUCUACCAAAAAAAUGGUUCGUUUUCGUUCGUCCAAAAUGUAAAGGAUGUUCACCAACAGUUAGUUUAGUUGUAACAUUACAAGGUUUUCUUCUGGGUCACUUCCGUUGACAUUUCCCCUUGCUCCCCUUGCCUGCAAACAUGUCCAGUAAUCAGUUCAUGAAGACUCCGUUUCAUCAGGUAACGGACAAAGUGACUUCCAACAACAUCCAUCAUCCAUUUAGUUGAAGUGAGUUUGUAUGGCCCAAACUCUCACCCUGCCUCGUCUUUAUUUAACUCCCUUUUGUCCUAAUUCUUACGAGUGCUGUUUACCUGAGCUUUGGCGUACUGAUAAAGCUAAAUCAUCAACGUACACUCAAAUACAUCUGGCUUUUUGGACAGCAAAAUAUGGGGCUAACGUAAGCCAUCUUAAGACUGGUUUGGAUCUUUAAUGCUGACAUUUGGUGCCAACAGAAGACAUGUAACUCAAGGACUAACUGUUAUAUCUUUGGAAAAUCUGAUCCCACCUUUUUUAAUUCUUUCUUUGCAUCUCCUAAUCCUCAAAAAGCAUUUCAAAUAAGCGGCUAGAAAAUGUCCUCACUCCGUGGGUCUAACGCUGGCAUUGGUCCUCACAAAUGUUAGAAUACAAACACAGUGGGUAUACACAUUGUUCCCCAGGGUGUUUUGGAGUGACUUGGAGAAGAAAACAAAACAAGGAGCAGUCAUUUCCAGGUUGUUUCGUUUAUUUCUGUUUUAUUCAUUUGCACGUAAAGUUAUUGCCCGUGUUUUGAGUCUGUAUUGUUCCUGAGACGGAAAAAAAAGUGUCUGGUGAAGUGAAUGGACCAUCUGCUGUUCGAUUUGCAUGUGAAGUGCAAAGUGAAAUGUUUUUUAACAUAAAGGAAUCUCUCAGUGGGAUGUU